AUGCCUAAAGCUUUGCCUCCCUCUGAUGUCCAGAAUGUUGUUGAUAAGCUCAAAAAAGGCCUUCACUUUUCAGAAAUUCACUCUCAAACUGGUGUCAGUGCUGGAAUUAUUAGCAGGAUAAGGGCAAUGCACUGUCCUGAGCUCCCCAAGCACUCUGGUGGCCACCCUUCUAAGCUCUCACCAACCAAUAUCUGCCAUGCCACCCACUUGUUGACUGGCCCUGCCCCCACAACCCCACACCUAGUUGCUCAAGAGCUCUCUAGCACAAAUGGGGUCCCUGUCUCAAGCCUUAAUGUGCAUUGGGCAGUGCAGAAAGCUGGUGUGGUACCUUUUGUCAAGCCCAAAAAGCCAGCUAUGACAAAGGAACAUAUCAAGGCAUGCUUUGAAUUUGUUAUGGCACACCAGCACUGGACAAUUGAUGACUGGAAGAGGAUCCAAUGGUCAGAUGAGACCAAGAUCAACAGAUUUGGGUCAGAUGGGCACCACUAUGCCUAUAAAGGGUUGGCUAGGCACCUCAGCCCCACCAGAUCAUCAAAACACCACAAGCAUGGAGGAGGCCAUAUCAUGAUUGGGGCAUGCAUGGGGUGGGAAGGCUCUGGUCUUAUGUGCAAGAUAGAUGGGUCUCUCACUGCUGUCCCCCAAAUUUGGGCUUGGGCCAGCAUGCAACCACUUGUACUGGUCAUGUGA